GAGGGCACGAUACAGCAAGUGUCUGUGAGCAUGAGCUGGUCAUGUUUACCUGCUGCAGGUCAAACAGUGUUUUCUUUGAGAAGCAAUUCCCACUUUCUAACAUUCUCUCUCUUUCUUUAUAUCUUCCUGCAGAUGAUGUUCCUCCAUACUUUAAAACAGAGCCUGUGCCGAGUCAGUUGCACCUGGAGAGGAACCGGUUGGUUCUGACCUGUAUGGCCGAGGGGAGCUGGCCUUUGGAGUUUAAAUGGAUCCACAAUGACACAGAGAUCACGCGGUUCUCGCUGGAGUACAGGUAUUUGAUACCAUCUCUGGACAGAUCGCAUGCUGGCUUCUAUCGGUGUAUUGUGAGGAACAGAGUCGGAGCGUUGUUACAGAGGAGGACCGAAGUACAAGUGGCAUAUAUGGGGAGUUUCGAGGAAGGGGAACGGUCCCAAGCCAUAUCCCAAGGAGAAGGAGCCGUAAUACCAGCGCCUCGCAUUCGCUGUUUCCCUCAACCACAGGUUACCUGGUUCAGAGACGGCCGCAAAAUCCCUCCCAGCAGUCGAAUAGCUAUUACUCUGGACAAUACGCUGGUCAUCCUGUCCACCGUGGCCCCAGAUGCUGGAAGAUACUACGUACAAGCUGUAAAUGACAAGAACGGCGAAAACAAGACUGGCCAGCCCAUAACACUGUCUGUGGAAAAUGUUGGUGGUCCCGCAGACCCCAUCGCUCCCACCAUUGUCAUCCCGCCGAGGAACACCAGCGUCAUCUCCGGCACCUCUGAGGUCACCAUGGAGUGUGUGGCCAAUGCUAGGCCACUAAUAAAGCUGAGCAUCAGCUGGAAGAAGGACGGUGUUCCGGUGAGGAGUGGACUGAGUGAUUUUAACCGUAGACUGACGGUGUUGAGUCCAGUGGUCAGUGAUUCUGGCUUCUACGAGUGUGAAGCUGUCCUCCGCAGCAGCAGCGUUCCCUCUGUCAGCGCUGGAGCGUACCUACAUGUGCUCGAACCGCCUCAGUUUGUGAAGGAACCAGAAAAACACAUCACAGCUGAGAUGGAAAAAGUAGUGGACAUUCCCUGCCAGGCCAGAGGUGUGCCUCAGCCUGAUAUCGUGUGGUACAAGGAUGCAGUACCCAUAAGCCCCGUGAAGACCCCACGCUACAGAGUGCUGGCAGGAGGUAGUCUCCAGGUUAACGGUCUUCUGCCCGAUGACACCGGAAUGUUCCAGUGCUUCGCCCGCAACCAGGCCGGAGAGGUGCAGACCAACACCUACCUCGCCGUUACGAGCAUAGCACCGAACAUCACAGCAGGGCCUUCCGACAGCACUGUGAUUGACGGCAUGUCAGUUAUCCUGCACUGUGAGACCUCAGGAGCACCCCGUCCUGCCAUCACCUGGCAGAAAGGGGAACGAGUGCUGGCAAGCGGUUCGGUUCAGCUCCCACGGUUCACUCUCCUGGAGUCAGGAAGUUUACUCAUAAGCCCCUCCCACUUAUCGGACGCCGGCACCUACACCUGCAUGGCCAGCAACUCCCGAGGCAUAGACGAGGCCUCAGCCGACCUCGUGGUGUGGGCACGUACACGCAUCACUAAUCCUCCUCAGGAUCAGAGUGUCAUCAAAGGAACAAAAGCCACCAUGACCUGCGGUGUGACACAUGACCCCAGUGUCUCAGUCAGGUUUGUUUGGGAGAAGGAAGGUCAGGUGAUCAUCCCUCAGUCUCUGCCUCGACUGCGUCUGGAUAUCAACGGGACGCUGCACAUCUCUCAGACUUGGUCAGGUGACAUCGGCACAUACACCUGCAGAGUGACAUCGGUGGGCGGCAAUGAUUCCCGCAGCGCACACUUACGCGUGAGGCAGCUGCCUCAUGCCCCUGAGAACCCCAGUGCAGUGUUAAGCACCACAGAAAAGAGAGCUAUAAACCUGACGUGGGCCAAACCUUUCGAUGGGAACAGCCCUCUCAUCCACUACAUUCUGGAAGUGUCUGAAAACAAUGCUCCUUGGACAAUCCUGUUGGCCAACAUCGAGCCGGAGUCGACUGCUGUAACGGUCAAUGGGCUCAUCCCGGCGCGCUCAUACCAGUUCCGCCUGUGUGCCGUCAACGAUGUUGGCAAGGGCCAGUUCAGCAAGGAGACUGACCGGGUGUCUCUUCCAGAGGAGCCGCCCAGCGCUCCGCCUCAGAACGUCAUCGCCAGCGGCCGCACAAACCAGUCCAUCAUGAUUCAGUGGCAGCCACCACCAGAAAGCCACCAAAACGGCAUCCUGAGAGGAUACAUCAUCCGGUAUCGUCUGACCGGUCUGCCUGUGGAUAUCCAGUAUAAAAAUAUCUCUAACCCUGAUCUCACCAACCUGCUGCUGGAGGAUCUCAUCAUCUGGACGAAUUAUGAAAUUGAGGUGGCAGCAUAUAACGGAGCUGGACUGGGUGUUUACUCCCAUAAAGUCACAGAGUGGACACUCCAAGGAGUUCCCACCAUCGCUCCAGGCAAUGUGAAAGCAGAGCCUGUCAACUCCACCACAAUCCGCUUCACCUGGACAGCCCCGAACCCGCAGUUCAUCAACGGCAUCAACCAGGGCUACAAGCUGUUAGCAUGGGAGCCAGGAAAGGAAGACGAGACGACAAUAGUGACGGUUCGGCCGAACUUCCAGGACAGCGUGCAUGUGGGCCACAUCACCGGUUUAAAGAAGUUUUCUGAGUACUUCACCUCUGUGCUCUGCUUCACCACACCAGGAGACGGUCCUCGCAGUCCUCCACGACGACUGCGCACUCAUGAAGACACUCCUGGUGCUGUGGGUCACCUGAGCUUCACUGAGAUUCUAGACACUUCUCUCAAAGUCAGCUGGAGAGAGCCCAAUGAGAAGAACGGCAUUCUGACUGGGUAUCGUAUAUCAUGGGAGGAGUAUAACCGUACUAACACACGGGUCACACACUACCUGCCUAAUGUGACUCUGGAAUACAGAGUCACUGGACUGACCGCUCUCACCACUUACACUAUUGAGGUGGCUGGAAUGACCUCCAAGGGUCAGGGUCAGCUUUCGUCUUCAACCAUCUCUUCAGGAGUACCGCCAGAGCUUCCCGGGCCUCCCUCAAACUUGGCCAUCUCAAACAUUGGCCCUCGAUCGGUAAACUUGCAGUUUAAGCCAGGAUAUGACGGCAAGACCUCAAUUUCUCGUUGGCAGGUGGAGGCCCAGGUGGGUGUCAUUGGAGAGAAUGAGGAAUGGGUGACGGUCCAUCAGCUGGCCAACGAGCCUGAUGCUCGCUCUCUGGAAGUCUCCGGCCUCAACCCCUACACCUUUUAUAGGUUCCGUAUGCGUCAGGUGAACAUAGUGGGCACCAGUCCACCCAGCCAGCCUUCCAGAAAGAUCCAGACCCUGCAGGCUCCUCCUGAUAUGGCUCCUGCAAAUGUGACCCUUCGAACGGCCAGCGAAACCAGCCUCUGGCUCAGAUGGGUGCCUCUUCCUGAAUGGGAGUACAACGGGAACCCAGAAUCGGUGGGUUACCGUGUGCAGUACAGCAGGAUCGGAGCUCAGUCCAGAGCCCUGCUGCAUGUCAUUGCAGAUCGCCUGGAGAGAGAGUUCACCAUCGAGGACCUGGAGGAGUGGAUGGAGUAUGAGGUCAGAGUUCAGGCCAUCAACGGCAUUGGAGCAGGUCCCUGGAGUCAACCUGUACGGGGAAGAACCAGAGAGUCCGUCCCCUCUUGUGGCCCCACAAAUGUUUCUGCAUUUGCCACUACCUCCAGCAGCAUUCUGGUCCGCUGGUUUGAAGUUCCCGACCCUGACCGGAAUGGGCUCAUCUUGGGCUAUAAGGUGGUGUAUAAGGAGAAGGAUUCCGACUCUCCUCUUAAGUUCUGGACAGUGGAAGGAAACGCCAGUCACAGUGUUCAGCUGACAGGACUGGGAAAGUAUGUUCUGUACGAAAUCCAGGUGCUCGCCUUCACCCGCAUUGGAGAUGGACGACCCAGCACUCCUUCAAUCCUGGAGCGAACCCUUGAUGAUGUGCCUGGGCCGCCAGUCGUCAUUCUUUUUCCUGAAGUCCGGACCACGUCGGUCAGACUCAUCUGGCAGCCACCUUCCCAGCCCAACGGCAUCAUACUGGCCUAUCAGAUCACAUACCGCCUGAACUCCACCAAUAGCAACACAGCCACAUUUGACGUCUUGAACUCCAGUGCAAGGCAGUAUACCGUCACCGGACUGAGGCCGGAAUCCGUGUACGUGUUUCGUAUCAGAGCGCAGACACGCAAGGGUUGGGGAGAGGCAGCGGAGGCUUUGGUGGUCACCACCGAAAAGAGAGCUCGACCACAACCCACCAGCCGUCCCGCAGUCCCACAGGAAAACGUCCUGGCACGCAGCGUGCUGUUGUCGUGGGAACCUGGCAGUGAUGGUUUAUCUCCGGUCCGGUAUUACACGGUUCAAGUCAGAGAGCUGCCUGAGAAGAACUGGACCGUUCAUUCUGCGUCUGUUAGCCACGAGUCCAGCUCCUACAUUGUCGACAGACUGAAGCCUUUCACGUCCUAUCAGUUCAGAGUGAAGGCCACUAAUGAUAUUGGAGACAGUGACUACAGUGAAGAGAGUGAAGCCAUUACAACACUACAGGACGCUCCUGACGAAUCUCCCACAAUCCUGACUGUCACGCCACACACCACGACCUCCGUGCUGAUUUGCUGGCAGCCCCCUCCUGAGGAGAAGAUUAACGGGAUCCUAUUGGGCUUCCGAAUCCGAUAUCGGGAGUUGCUUUACGAUCGGCUCCGAAGUUUCAGCGCUCAUGCCAUCAGCAGCCCUUCAUCCAGCUGGGCAGAACUCACAUCUCCAUACAGCGUACAGAACCUCAGUGACCCCUCCCUCACUCAGUAUGAGCUGGACAAUCUUACGAAACACAAGCGCUAUGAAAUCAGAAUGAGUGUCUAUAACGCCGUUGGGGAGGGACCAACUAGCUCACCACAGGAAGUCUUUGUUGGUGAAGCAGUUCCCACUGCCCCGCCUCAAAAUGUGGUCAUCCAAUCAGCUACUGCCACGCAAUUUGAUGUAACGUGGGACCCGCCUCCGCUGGAGACUCAGAAUGGAGAUAUUCAGGGUUAUAAGAUUUUCUUUUGGGAAUAUAAGCGGAAAAACGAGACCGAGAAACUGCGGACUCUCUUCCUGCCGGAGGGAGGGGUGAAGCUCAAGAAUCUAACGGGCUACACCACCUACAUGAUCAGUGUUGCUGCUUUCAACGCAGCCGGCGAUGGGCCACGCAGCCCACCGACCAGAGGAAGAACCCAGCAAGCUGCUCCCAGCGCUCCCAGUUUCAUUCAUUUCAGCGAGCUCACCACCACCUCUGUCAACGUGUCGUGGGGCGAGCCUGUCUUCCCUAACGGCAUCCUUGAGGGUUACAGACUCAUCUACGAGCCCUGCAUGCCUGUUGAUGGCGUCAGUAAGAUCGUGACGGUGGACGUGAAGGGGAACGCCCCCCUGUGGCUGAAAAUCAAAGACCUGGCGGAUGGCGUCACGUACAACUUCCGCAUUCGCGCCAAAACCUUCACCUACGGUCCGGAGGUGGAGGCCAACAUCACCACAGGACCCGGAGAAGGAGCCCCGGGCCCUCCCGGUGAGCCCUUCAUCUCUCGAUAUGGCUCCGCCCUUACCAUCCACUGGACCAAUGGGGAUCCUGGGCGAGCACCUAUCACUCGCUAUGUUAUUGAGGCCAGGCCCUCAGAUGAAGGCUUGUGGGACAUCUUAAUCAAGGACAUUCCCAAGGAAGUGACAUCAUACACCUUCAACAUGGAUAUCUUGAAACAGGGAGUCAGCUACGACUUCCGGGUCAUCGGGGUGAAUGAUUAUGGGUACGGCUCUCCAAGCCAACCGUCACCAUCUAUAUCAGCGCAAAAAGUGGCUCCGUUCUAUGAGGAAUGGUGGUUUCUGGUGGUGGUGGCUCUGGUCGGCCUCAUUUUCAUCCUGCUUCUCGUUUUCAUCCUCAUCAUCAGAGGCCAGAGCAAGAAAUAUGCCAAGAAGUCUGACUCGAGCAACAAUUCCAACUGUAAUGCACUGACACAUGGAGAGAUGGUCAGCCUGGACGAGAGCCGCUUCCCUGCCUUGGAACUGAACAAUCGACGACUGUCCGUCAAAAAUUCCUUCUGCCGCAAAAAUGGCGUCUACACCAGGUCUCCUCCUCGACCCAGUCCAGGCAGUCUGCACUACUCAGAUGAGGACGUCAGCACCAAGUACAAUGACCUGAUCCCAGCAGAGAGCAGCAGCCUCACAGAGAAACCAUCAGAGAUCUCAGAUUCACAGGGCAGUGACAGUGAAUACGAGGUAGAACCCAACAGACAGAAGACACAUUCAUUCGUCAACCACUACAUCAGUGACCCUACCUACUACAACUCCUGGCGCAGACAGCAGAAGGGAAUCUCCCGAGCGCAGGCCUACAACUACACUGAGUCAGAGUCUGGAGAGGCCGAACCCUGCGCUCCUCCACCGCCUCUGCCCCCUCUACCCCCUCUGCCCCCGUUCCCCCCACAGCUCAGUUCCCCUACGCCCCAGAGCCAGUCCCAGACUGGCAGUCUUUUUAGACCCAAGGGCAGCCGGACUCCCACUCCAUCCCAGCAGAGCUCCAACCCACCCAGUCAGCACAGCACACUUUAUCGUCCCCCAAGCAGCUUGGCCCCAGGCUCCCGGGCCCCCAUCGCUGGCUUCUCCUCCUUUGUUUGAUCGAAUGAAGAUAUCGGUACAUGAAAAUUCAAAACGAAGGCAGGGGAUCUCUUACUUUCCACAACAGCUGUUCAAACUCACGUCUGUUGAAGAAUGACAACAAACAUCAGCCCUGGAUCUGUUGUGCUUUACUUGUCAUUGCAAGCUGAUCUUUAUUUUUGUAUACUUUCUUUGAUCACAGUUUUUUGUUUAGUUUUUUAGUUUUUUGUUUUGUUUAUUUGCUUGUGUGUGUUCAGCGUGUUUUGCUUAUAAUGAAAGACAAUCACUUGGAAAGACACAUAACCGCAUCAGUGAGCUUUGUUUGUUUUGGUUUGAGUUUUCUGUGCUGUCUAAACAAACUGCAUGACUAUUUUAUUGUUCGAACAAUUCCUUUCGUUUGCUUUUUCAUUUUGUUGUUAUUGGUUCUUUUGUUUAAUUGAGUUCCACAAAAGUGUACAACACCAACACCAAGUUACGAAUGCUGGACAAAAGCACCGACACAUGAAAAAUAAUUUAAAAAGGCAAUGGAGAAAAUCUCAGCACUUGGACCACAUCAAGACAAAUGCUAAAUGGUGGUUUUGACUGUGGUAUUUUUGUUCUUACGCAGAUAACAAAGUACUGCGGUGAUUACGAGAGGUUAAAGUUCAUUUGACUAGAGACUAUGAUCUGAUAAAGACCCGCCUGCACUUAUCACGUUUGAGUUGGAAAGCCAGCAUCAUUUAUUGAUGUCACAGUUUUCACCAGUGCUCUGAAAAGGCCAAAGGUCAAAUUAAGUGCUUCAUGCUAAUCUGUGUAUUGAAUGUUUUUUCGGAGGUAAAAUGUAGAUUGUUUGUAAAGUUGAGCACGAGUAUAUUUUCCAUUGUAAAACUUAUGGAAGGCCAAAUAUGUAAGAGUCUGAUUCACUAUGAUAUAUUAUUAUACUAUUGUUCUGGAUUCAUUCAUAUUCAGAGCUAUUCAUGUUAGCAGCAGGUGUGUAUGUGUGUAUGUGGUGGGCGGGAAAAUGUGUUGCUCCUUUUGAUUUGACUCUAUGAUGUCAUCCUGAGCUUCAGGUUGCACUUCUGCCGAGCAAACAGUAACGUUGGACACUAACGUCAAUAAACAGUAGCGGAUAUCGGAUAUUUGCCAGCAUCUCAGAUGGAGCUGGAUGUCAAACAUACCAAUCACCUUCAGGUUUUUCCUUUCCUGAUCAUCUGGCAAGACCUAACGUCAUAGAAGCUGACAACUUUUCAAAGAUUGUGCAACCAAGCAAAUGCAUUGUACCUGUGUACUUCGG